AACAUAUUUUAUAUUAAUAAGUGUAAACACUAAAAGCAAGUCCAUUUUCUUGCUCAGUGAAAUUAUAAAACUAUAAUGGCUUACAGUGAAAAUAUGUUUUAGUAUCUAAAAAGAAAUAACAAAUAAGGAAACAAAUUAAAGUGCAUGAAUUGUAAAUAAUAAAAAAGAUACUAUAUAAUGAAUACAAAAAAGUAUAAUAUAAUAACUUCUUAGUAGUUCUUACGCAGAUUUUAAGCUAAUGCUUAAGAGUUUUACAGCGAAGUACAAAUUGAAUACAAAGAAUUGGGUGAAAAAUACAAAAUAUAAAAGCUGUGAAGUGUGAGGUAUAUCAUUUGUGUGUGGCAAUCAUGUGUUUUCCGUGCUGUAAAUUAAAUAAUUGUUCUGGAGUGAAAGGUUCAAUUUCAAUACAAAAAAGUUCAACUUUCCAGUCUGAAUUGUGGUGGAAGGAAAGUAGGGAAUAAAGUAAAAUCACUUUGACAUACAAAUAGGCCUACCUCACAUAAUAUUAAAGUACAGAACUAUGUGCUUACUUAUUCUAUGGUAAAUGUAAAUGAUAGUAAGAACCAAUGUGGGUGAGGGCCAUAGACUGUAUAUACACCGGAAGUUUAGCUAAUUCUCCUUCAAAAUAUGUCAUGAACAUUGGCAGGAAGAAACAUUUGCCCUGCACUUUAAUCCCACAGGCUAUGGGUAUCAUGAUACUCAUAUGGGUAUGAGUAUGAUAUAUUCAAAUAAACUUGGAUGCUUUAAUUUAUUACGCAGUAAAAAAAACUCUGCCAGUUUGUAAAUAUACGUUUUAUUUUGAAAGGGUUUUCACCAGAAGUUGUCUUCUGAACAACAAACUAGCUUGUUUCUGCAACUAGCUUGCUUCUGGGACCUGCGACUCAAUCACGCUCAAUCACGGCUAUAUACAUUAAGAGAAUAAAAUAUUGCCGCCAAAAAGUUAAUGGAUGACGGUUAACCUUUUAGUUAUCCAUCCCAGAGCCCGACAGGUAUACAGUAAGUAAGAUGUCGUCUUAAAUCAGUCUGGAUAUGACAAUAACGUUACUUCCUGAUCAGGAAGUGUUUUGCUUUAGACUCUAAGCCGUGGAUAUCUUACGUUAUUCUGCAAGAUGAUACGAACUGACCAUUUUAAAAUGAUCCUCCAAGUUAUUAAAGACGUGGUUCCUGUCCCCACGAGUGGGAUUCUAACCGUGGUACUUUUAUCGAUUGUUUUGUUUGGCAUCCAAACAUACUUCAGCUUCACUCAGGGUGUCUUAAGUGUCGGUUCCACCGUGUUUCAAGAUGGACACCUCCACAGGCUCCUGACAUACCCUUUUUACCACAAAACGUCAGCUCAGCUUCUCCUGAACAUCACCGCCCUGGUGUUCCUCAGUGGCAGUUUGGAGAAAGGUGUUGGCACUGUCCGCUUCAUGUUUUUGUUCCUCCUGCUGUCGACCACCACAGGCUUUUUCUACAGCUUCCUGGAUCUAAUGCAAAGUGCCAGCAGCAGCCAGAGUCCCGCCGAGGGCUUGGUUCCUGUGGUCCUGGCAUGUGUGGCUCUAACUACCAUGCACACCAAAAUGACUAAAGGAUUCCUGUGUGGGGUCAGUUUCCCAACCAUGGCUCUCCCCUGGGUGCUCCUAAUAGUCACCACUGCCCUCAUUCCUCACUGUGUGCUCCCCUGCAACAUUAUUGGCAUCCUGGUUGGGUGGAUGUACGGAAAAGGACUGUUCUCUCUCCUGGACAUGUCUGAGGCCAGGGCUGGUGCUCUGGAGAAGAUGAUGCCUUUCAGGUUGUUGAGGAGCAUCAGGGGUGUUAAGUUUGUCCCUGCUUCCACAGAGGAGAGGAGGAAGACCCUUCUUCCACAAAUCAAUCCAACACCUGGGUCCUACCCGGUCCAGGCUUAUGCACCUUUAUCCAGCAUCAACACUGCGGCCAAUACCUACCAAGGGUGGCCGGAUUCGACCAGUUCUCUGUCCAGUCCAACACCUCUCAAUCCUCAUGGACAUGGUGCUACACAUGGCUUUGGACAAAGUCAUGGACAUGGUUCAGAGCAGAGUUUUGGACAGAGCUGCAGCCACAACCACAGCCACAGCCAUAGCCAUGGUCAUAGCCAUGGUCAUGGUCAUAGUCAUUAGUCAUGGUCAUUUAUCUGAUUGCUUUACAGCACUCCAACCAUGCAUAUGCUUUACUCUGCGAUAUCCUCAAAAAUGUUCAGUUAAACACCUGUCCACCUGCAGCAUAGUUUGCAGUUGACUGCAUUGUCUGAAAAUGUCAAAUGCUUGGACUACUCUACUUGGUUAUGAACCAAUAUGUGUGGGCUGCCUGCCUGACUGUAUAUUUAAGUGACAUCCCUCUAGACUUUUAUAUAUACAUUAAAACUUUUUUUUUUUUACCAUUUUUUUCUACAAUAAACAAAUGAGUGCAAACUAAAGUCUCUAGAUCAAUCUUUAAAAUGGUUAUGUGCAUAAUCCAACCCUACA